AUGUCCGGCGAAGGCCCCGAGUCCAUCCCCACCUCCGCCGACCCGCGCAGCCGGCGCCCGAUGAAGAAGCGCGCCCUGACUCCCGUCUCCGAACAUGCGAAGCAGCUCGAUGCCCUCUUCUCCAAGCCCGACCAGGAGAUCCGCAUGCCUCCUCCUCCGGGUGCAGUAGCCAAGCGCGCAGUAGCCGCACCUCCCGAGAUCGUCACCAAUGUCCAGGGCUCCAGCGCCGGAGCUGGGUCAGGCGAGUUCCACGUCUACAAGGCUAGUCGUCGCCGCGAGUACGACCGCCUGCGCGCUAUGGACGAAGAGGUAAAGCAGGAGAAAGAUAACGAGGAAUUUGAGCGCCAGAAGGCCGAGCGGGAGGCCAAGGACGAGGAGCGCACGCGCAAGAACAGGGAGAAGAGGGAGAAGAAGAAGAAGCAAAAGGCGAAGAAGGGUCCUGCAACGCCAGCGUCAGCAAAUGGCAAUGCAACCACAAAGGGGACGGCUACUAAGUCGACCGCGACGGAAACAUCUACAGGCAAGGAAGAUGGCGACGCCAAGAACAGCAAGGGCGAUAAUGGAAGCAAGGAAUCUGAAGCAACAGGUGCCGCCUCAGUUCAGCCUGCUGGUUUGGUCAUCCAUGACGAUGAUUGA